AUGUAUCUCUUCUCGAUCGUCAAUACUUUUGCCGAUUUGGCAAUCUUCUGGUUGCAUGUAUCGGUGACUCGUAAUGAAGAUCGUGAACAUCCUCUGGCUUUAUUCGUUUCCUAUUCAACUGCCCCGUAUUUCUUCAAUCUUUUUCCAAUCAUCAUGAAUUCGGCUCUUUUCGGUGUGGACAUUUCUCAGAUGAAAGAUAUCAAGGAGGCAAUGAAAACGUUCGAUUACAUCUUUUUCCGUGACUCCGUUUUCAAGUCUCUCAUGCUCUGCUCGUACAUCUUUCUCGUCAUCUGGGGAGGUGUUCUGAUGGCUUGUGGUUUGAUCUGUUGUAUUAAAAGAGAUAGGAGAAUGUCAAAGUGUGAAUUGACAAUGCGUAUCGGAAUCCCAUGUGCUCUCGGACUCAUUUUCAGCAUGUCGUUUUACAACGGAAUAUUUGAUAUUCAUGACAAGAUGAGACAUAUUGCCAAUAUUCCAUUCCUUUUCCUUCAUAUUGGACAUUUCCUUUUCAUCUUGACUCUUUUGUACGGAGCAAUGACUAUCAAGAAUAUCAAUGACCCAUCUGCUGACCAAUCAGAUGCCAUUCGUCAAUUCCAAUCACUUCAAAUCUUCGGUAUCAUUGUAUCUGUUCCACUGUGCUACAUGGAAUUCCAAAUGUUCUCAUCCCACUCUCCUCGCUUCAUGUUCUCUGAAUACGAAUCCUUCGUCCGUCUGAUCUUUCUCGCCUCUGUUCUUCUUCUUGAGCCUUUCAACAGCCGUUUCCGUUUCCGUGAGCGCUUCUACCGUACCACCCACGAGUCUCCAAUUGGUCCUGCUCCAGAAGCUGUUCAAGUGGUCAAAUCAAUCCCGAAAAAGAUGAACAUCGAUGACAUGCCACCCAACUACGAAAAUGCUCCACCAGCUUACGAGUCUGCUCAGAAUCUCCCUACGACUUGGACUAUCACACCACCUUCAAAGGAAUAUACUGGAGCUCAAAUCACUCCAGUCGAGGCCAAAUAA